AUUGUUAAUUCGACCUUUUUCUGCUGGGAUUUCGACGAGUGCGGGUCGCAUUCGAUUUUUUCUCUCUUUUUAUUGUAAAUUUCGUCUAAAAGUCAAUUUAUUUAUGUCGAAAAUUAAUUCCUCUACAUUGAGGUAAAUUUUGUACUUAUUGUUUAAUGAAAAUUUGUAUUAAUUUUUUAUUGAGUUAAUAAUUUUAUAUUAUAAAUUUCCGGAUAAAUUUUGUGGAAACGAAAAAUAAAAGAAUUUUUCGAACAAUUUUUAUUAAAAUUUUUUAUGUAAAAAUACUUAUUUUUUUAAUUUUUAACAAUUUUUUAUAAAAAGAAAACUUAAUAAAAAAUAUUGAAGAACGAACAAAAAAUUUUUAAUUUUGUCAUUUUAUUUAAAAACUUUAUUUUUUUUUAAUGGUAAUUUAGAACGUCUGUUAAAUAAAUUUAAUUAUAUUUUGUAAAUAAAUUCUUAUUAAAAAAAUAUAUGCAAAACUGCAUCUUAAGACUUAUUAUGAGAAAGAAAGAAUACGGAAACAACAAAAUUUGCCAAAAACCUGUUGUGCAAUACUCAAAACAGAAUGUCUGAUGAAAACAAGUUUAUGUGCCAUAUGUCUCAAGUCGCAAACAAGUCAUUUUAAUUAACAAGAUUUCGUGAAGCAUGAUAACGAGAACAUUUCUAACAAUUAGUCAUACACGAAAUCCAUCUUAUCUCCACACAAUUUGUACCUGCUACGCCACUGCACAAUACAAUUUGUUUACUACAAGAUAAGAGUACGCUCACACAAAGAAAUUAUUAUCAAAACUUAACCCGCUUCAACAAUAAAAACCAAAAGUUUACUCAUUCGUUAUUUGUGAGUUGAACAUUGAACAUCUGGUACGCUUCGCAACAAAAUGACACCAAAACAGAAAUCCGUAAUUUUAGACGUCGAUGCUGGCACGGACGAUGCUUGGGCGAUUUUAUUGAUGCUGAACAACGAAUUGAAGCAAAAUUUUAAAGUCAAGGCCAUCACCUGCGUUUUUGGCAACUCAUCAGUGCAGAAUAUUGGGAAAAACGUCUUGCGAGUGUUGGAGACUGUGAAUCGUCUUGAUAUACCUGUUUAUUUGGGAUGUGAUGAGCCUUUAGUAGUACAUGAACCGGUAAAUGUCUCUUUUCACGGCGUUGAUGGAUUUUGUGACGUUAAAUUUUCUUCGGAGCCGGAUAUGAGUCUCAUACGAAAGUCACAUGCGAUUGAAGCGAUGCACGAAAUUAUAACAAAAGAUGAUGAUGUGACACUUUUUUGCUUGGGACCUCUUACAAACUUGGCACUUUUGUACAAAAUGCACCCAGAAACUCGUGAAAAAAUCAAAGAUAUUUAUGUCAUGGGUGGCAAUCGACAUGGCGUCGGCAACAUCACAAGAGCAGCUGAAUUUAACUUUUACUGCGAUCCCGAAGCAGCAUUUAUCGUCUUUCAAUCUUCCAAAUGCCGAAUUAAACUCCUUCCCCUGGAAACUAUUAAUAAUUGCAAGCAAACGUCCCUCGAGUAUCGUCUAAAUGUCCUCGGAAAAACUGACAAUAAAAUUACGCAACUUCUGAAUCCGAUUGAGAAAAAAGGCUAUGAAGCAAUUGGCAUGGCAGAAUGGUCCCCGUAUGAUGCUUAUUGCGCCGCGAGUUUUAUUGACGCAUCAAUUAUGCGAAAAACGGAGGAUUUUCACAUGACAAUCGAGCUAAGUGGCAAAUUUACGCGCGGACAAGUUGUCAUCGACCACAUUGACGAAGUAAAUUUCAAGAAUGUCACGGUAAUCGAGGAAAUUGACGUGGAAAAGUUUAAUUCACUAAUUUUGACGACUGUCGAGGAAGCAUGAGACAAUCGUGCCAUAUGAUAAAAAUGAUACUGUAUUGUGUAGAAUUUAUAUUGAAUCAGCUGUUCUGAUGCCGGUAACGACGUAAUAAAAUUCUCUCAAUGUCAAUCAUAUGAUUUCAUUCAACAAGUUGCUGCUACUCCAUUUUCUCUCUCGUUUUGUGUUGGCGCUCUCCGUAACGCAUUCCUUAUCACAAAAGUCUACAAAAAUUUGCCUCCCUAUUUCCUUUCUAUUCACUGAUUUUCCUACGUUGCUUAUCUGAACAAGUCUUACGCGUGCAUGACUGUCGCGUAUGGAGGAUAAAAUGCAACAACAGAGUAUUUACAGCAGAAUAUUUGGUGAUAAGCAUCAGUUUAACAACAUCCUUCGGCAUGGCAAGAUGUGAAAAUUUUCCGCGGAAAAUCUAAAAUAAUAAAAAAAAAGUGUUGAAACAUUCACUUAAAAAAAUAAUUUUACAAGUAAUAAAAAUAAAAAACUUUUUUAUUGGAUUUAUUUUUAAGAAAUUAAUUGGAACAUAAAAAAUAUUUAAAAAAAGGAAAAGUUUCCUUCACCAUCCAUAAAAAUUAAUGCAUAAAAAAUUAAUAUAUUAUGUCUAGUCUAGUCAAGUUAUUUCAUUAAGAUAAUAACAGUGAAACGAGUGAGCAUAUAAUAAUCCCGUAAAGCACAAUUUUCUCAUGCAAAAUAUUUAAAACGGGAUUAUCCGCGCUUUUGUUGCUGGAUAUUGAGGAACGAACAACAAACAUUAUUAUUAUUAUCUGAUACAGACGAAAUUUUUUUUUGUCUCAAGUGAUUACAGAAAAAAAUUUAAAUAUUUUAAAAUUACAAAAAAAAAAAUCAAAGGGUGGUGCAUUGACGACGAAAAAAAAUGUCAAAAAUAGAUUAAAGUAAAAAAUAUACAAAGAAGAUAUUUAUUGUAUAAAAU